UUGCCAAAAGAGAGGCAAGAACUGCAGAAGCCACGUACAUUGCUAAUUAGCCUGAUCAGUCACCACGUGUGAUUCUCAUCGCAUGUUUCUUGCCACCUCUCUUCACUAAACACCGAUAAAUAGGACGCCGCUGGGUCGCCUAGAAGGCAAGCUUCUCGUAAGUAGUGGAAAUGGCAGAAAUCAAGGGGACCAGCAUUGUUGCCUGUAACGAUAGAUGUGGGUGCCCUGUUCCGUGCUCCGGUGGUACAGGUUGCAGGUGCAGAAUAGUAAGCGAGACAGCAAGUGGCGGCGUUGGCGGUGUUGGAGAUGGGCACAGCCGAUGCUCGUGCGGUGAACAUUGUGGUUGCAAUCCAUGCGUAUGUCCAAAAGGUUCGCAGACGAGUGGGGUUGGGAAGGCCAAUUGCAAGUGUGGUAGUGGUUGCAGCUGUGCUACUUGUGCCUCUUAACAAUAAAAAACAGAAGGUUUGAAGCCAAUCUAGCUUUAGUAUUUACUAUUUUAAACAUAUGUAUGCAGAGAGAGUGUGUGUGUGGUUACAGCUUGUUCCCAUGUUUAUGCUUCCUGUGUUGUAAUUCCAUUUUGGCCAUGCACUAUAGAUAAAGAAUAAAAUUUUGAAGUAAGAUUUCUUAGAUCUUGGCGAAUAUAAUCUUUUACCCUUCAUACAAUUCAUCCAUAUAAUUAAUGAUUAAGAUGUAAAUGUAUAGUAAAAUAAAAAAAAAAAAAUCAUGUGGGUCUGAACCAUUAAAGUUUGGCGAUCAAUAAUUCAUUUGACUGUAUGAUUAGCUUGUAUCCCUUAAAUUAUUAAGGAGUAUGGAGAACAAAUCCUUGAAACUCCCAAGUUGCCUAACCACUUAUAUAACGGUAAUAUUUCAUGUGG